AUGGAUGAGAAAAGUACCACGAAUUUACAUGAUAAUAUGUCGACUGAAAAAGAAGAAGAAGAAGUAGUAGUAGUAGAAGGAGAACAAAAACUUAAUAAAGUAACCGACCAGAAUAGUUGUAUGAGUUGUUUAAGAAGUCGUACUACAAUAUUGAUUAUUGUAUUUUUUGCUUUACUCCUGGAUAAUACAUUGUUAACCACUAUUGUUCCCAUUAUUCCCAAAUUAUUAAUGAAUGAUGCAAUUAAACAAAACAAUUGUACUAAUACUAAUUGUUCUAAUAUGUCUGAUCAAACAACUGAAGUUUAUAGUAUACAUAUUAAAAUUGGUAUUAUGUUUACUGUCAAACCACUUAUACAAUUUCUAAUCAAUCCUAUUGUUGGUCCAAUUACGAACAGAAUUGGUUAUAGUAUUCCAAUGUUUACUGGAUUCCUACUCUUGUUUGCAUCAACAGUUGUUUUUGCUUUCGAGAUGAAUUUCUACGUUUUAUUAGUUGCCAGAGCUAUUCAAGGUGUUGGGUCAGCGUGUUCAUCUGUAUCAGGAAUGGGAAUGUUGGCCACUUAUUAUAAUGAUGAAACAGAACGAGGUCGUGCAUUUGCUAUUGCUUUAAGUGGACUUGCAAUAGGAUUAUUAAUUGGUGCCCCUUAUGGAGGAAUAACAUAUCAGUUCAUAAGUAGACAAGCACCAUUUCUUAUUUUGGCUAGUUUAACUAUAAUCGAUGGAAUCCUACAACUAUUAGCCUUAAAACCACGUGUUCAACGUGAAAGUCAAGAAGGUUCAGGAUUAAUUGAAUUAUUAAAAGAUCCAUAUAUUUUAAUAGCUGCUGGUUCAAUUACUUUUGGAAAUUUGGGUAUGUCUGUAUUAGAACCAACUUUACCAUUAUGGAUGAAAACUACAAUGAAUUCAACUGAAUGGCAACAAGGUGUUGCAUUUCUACCAUCUAGUUUAUCCUAUUUAGUUGGUACAAAUAUAUUUGGACCGAUAUCACAUAGAAUUGGUCGGGGAUAUAGUGCAGGUUUAGGUUUAUUGAUUACGACUGGAUGUUUAAUAGGGUUACCAUUUUCAAAACGAAUGGAACAUUUAAUAGCACCUAUGUUUGGUUUAGGAUUUGCUGUUGGCAUGGUUGAUUCAUCAAUGAUGCCAAUCAUGGGUUAUUUAGUAGAUUUAAGACAUGUUGCAGUCUAUGGAAGUGUUUAUGCUAUAGCAGAUGUGGCAUUCUGUUUUUCAUUUGUAAUUGGACCAAUUGUUGGUUCUGUACUAGUGAAAUACCUGGGUUUCCAUUGGAUGAUGUGGAUUACUGCAAUCAUUUGUUUUAUCUAUUCACCCUUAACAUUAUUUCUCAAGAAUCCAGCACAAAAAGAACCUAGUAAUCUAGAGAUAACAAUUUGCAAAUCUCUUUACAGUUUGGAUGAAUAA